AAACUUUACAGCUUUCCGAGAGAACCGUUCUCAGCCAUGCUCGCAAUCCAUGCUUCCACAUUUCCGCCUGCUACGUCAUCAAGCACAAUGGUCGCAGCGUCAUCGUUCUACGUGCUGACGGUUGCCCUGUAAUGGAAGACACCGAGGCGCAACGGAUUUGCCUCAACUCAACAAGGCGGUCUUCCUUGUCGUGUACCCUAUGUGUGGCACUACCAGUGCAACAGUUCCACCAAAUGUAGCGUGUUGGUGUUCCACCUCGGCGUUUGCAGUGACUUAACAAACCAUGGCACUUGGAGAACCUUGCCGACCAUCAGCCAGUCAACGCGACCGUCAACUUUACUAUGGUCUCAAGACCAUGUGCGCUUUUGCUGCCGUGCCACCUUGACAGAGCCAACACAGAGCAAUAGGAAGCAAACGUGAUCUGAGCCGUGGAGUGGAUCACAACUCCGAAAGACAUUACUAAUAAGUAAAACUAACGAUAAGAAAGCAAGGUAAAAUGGACUGAGGAGAACAAUGGGCAUAUAUACACGCUGUAUAGACAAACGGAACGUGGUAACGAAAGCCGUCAUGUGCCUGAAAUCGUGGGUUCGUGCUUGCUUCGUUGUGUCUCUGCUAGUGCUGGCUUCGACGGCUCGCGCUGCCGACGCUACGCCGACCUCUACCAGUCGUCCCAGCCCCCGCGUGGUGCGGACAAAAUACGGCCAAUUGCGGGGCAAGAUCAUCACCCUGGGAUCUCGGUUCGGCACCCACCUGCCUUCUGUCGAGGCGUUCAUGGGCGUGCCGUACGUGAGCCCGCCGCUGGGCACGCUACGCUUCAUGCCUCCCGUCAACUCUCCGCACUGGGACGAUGUGCGUGCGGCGGAUACGCCGGGCCCCGCGUGCCCGCAGCGGCUGCCGGAGUUCCUGCGCAACGAGUCGUCACCGGCCGCGGUUCGCAUGCCGCCCGGCCGCCUCGAGCAGCUGCGACGGUUGGCGCGAGCCGCUUUGCUCAACACCAGCGAGGACUGCCUGCACCUCAACAUCUACACUCCGGCGUCAGUGGCGCGAGACCCUACCAAACUUCCGGUCAUCAUGUUCAUCCACGGCGAGUCAUACGAAUGGAACUCUGGGAACGCUUACGAUGGCUCCGUUCUCGCCAGCUACGGAAAUGUGGUCGUCGUCACCAUCAACUACAGGCUCGGAAUUCUCGGCUUCCUGCCUGCGAUGGACGGAGCCUCUCGGGCCAAUAACGGGCUUCUGGAAAUAGCCGCACUUCAUUGGAUCCACGAGAAUAUCGACGUGUUCGGAGGAGACCACCGGAACGUCACCAUACUGGGGCACGGCCACGGAGCGGCAUGCGUGAACUUCCUAAUGAUGUCGCCUAUGGCCAAAGACAACGGACUGUUCCAGCGGGCCGUGAUGAUGUCCGGCUCGGCACUGAGCCCGUGGGCCAUAGCCCGGGACGCGGUGCGGUACGCGCGCCACGUGGGUCGAGCGCUGGGAUGCCCGGAGUCCGGCACCGGAGCCGCACUCGGAGACUGCUUGCGUCACCGGCCCGUGCGGGAGCUGGUCGACGUGCCCCUGGCCGUGCCCGAGCACCUCUCGGCGUUCGGUCCCACCGUCGACGGCACGGUGGUUCCCGGCGAGCCGCGCCACGAAAUGGCCUCGCCGCGUUCGUCGUACGCCGACUACGACCUCCUGUUCGGCGUUGUGCGCUUCGAGGCAUAUUUCUUGUUCACCGCUUACGAGGAGAAGCACGGAUUUGAGGUGGACCGGCGGGACCGUCUUCUGCGCACGCUAGUGCGCAACCUGUACAGCUUCCACCAGCAGGAGAUCUUUCUGACGGUCGUCAACGAGUACACGGACUGGACGCGGUCGGUGCAGCACCCGGCCAGCAUUCUCGAGGAGACGGCUGAGGCGCUCAGCGACGCGCUCGUCGUGGCGCCCGUCGUCGAAGCCGGCACGCUCCACGCUGCAGCCGGGGCCGCCCGCAAGGCAGCUAAACAGCAGCAGGGAGGCGGCAGCAAGGUCGGCGGUCGCGUGCCGACGACGCACUUCUACCUGUUCGGCUACCACUCGGACGAGUCGUCAUUUGCCCAGAAGAACGGCUGCGUGCACGGCGAAGACCUGCCGUACGUGCUUGGCUUACCUCUGCUGGGCUCGGGUGCGCCGCUGUACGGAAACUACAGCAAGCAGGAGGCCACGCUCUCCGAGACCACCAUGGCCUACUGGGUGCGCUUCUUCCGGACAGGUUCACCAAACUUCACUACCACGGAAACGGAAUCCGAGCGCAGCAAAGGUGGCCGUGGUGAAAAAGUCGGCUGGCCUGCCUAUGAUCCAGUGCAUCAAAAGUACCUCACUUUGGGCACCAAGUCCAAGGUGCGAGACCACUAUCACGCGCACCGACUGUCGGUGUGGACGCAGCUGAUCCCCAAACUUCACCGCGCGGGUGGCGGCGACGUGCCCCGGUCCCACCACUUGCUCGAGGACUUCGAGAACGUGGCCUCGUACGACGGCGUGGUGCGCGAGGUGCCGCCUCCGCCGCCUCCCAUGUCACCUUCGCCCACGCCCUCGCUGCCGCACUCCACCAUGGACUCCAAUUCGGGCGGCGGCGGGCCGCUCACAACCAGUGGAGGAGCGCGUGCUGGAAAAGGGGCACAGGAUGGCGGCCGUGGCGGCGUCACAACUCCCGGUGACCCGAGCCAGACGGAGGCCAUGGCCAUGCCCCAGGGCGGCUACUCUACGGCGCUAGGAGUCACCAUCGCUGUGGGCUGCUCGCUUCUCAUCCUCAACGUGCUCAUCUUCGCCGGCGUCUACUACCAGCGGGACAAGGCGGGCCGGGCCACCGACAAGUCUAAGAAGAGGCCGUUCGAGCCUCCGCGCCUGGGUGACGAGCUGGGCCGCGGGUCCCCGCCGUCGCAGCCAGCCUCCAUCCUGGCCGGCAGUGGCACGCUCAAGCGACCCCCUCCGGCGUCCCCGUGCGCCGGGGGCUGCGAGCACCUGGACUACCAGAGCGCGCCCGCGGUCGUCACCGGCUGCCUAGCCGUCGCGCCACCCAAGGUGCCUCCGAAGCCGAACAGCCUCCUCCCGUCGGACCAUCCGGAAGCCCAGCCCUUGCUCCCGUUGUCGGCAUCCGCGCGGGUUCUCUCACCUGGUGCGCACGCCACGCUUAUGAGGCAUCACCAGCAUCAGCAGCAGCAGCAACAGCAGCAGCAGCAACAGACACAGCAGGUCACGGGCCACAACACUCAGGAGCUGUGCGUUGGUUUCCGGGACCGGAGGGAAGAGACGACGGUCUAGCAUCGGUAGUGGUGGCGCGGUGGCCUUCCGGGCGCGGACUGCGGCGAGGAGUUGCACUGGGCACCAGGGGCCCUAGAGAAACAAUAACCGACUGACUCGGCCGAACACUCCCUCUUGGCUUUCCCGCGCUGCCGGCGUGAGAAGGCACUGAGCCGCGGAACAGGACUCACGCCCCAUCCAUACUUUAUUCUGUCGCUUUCGAGGAAACAAAAGAACUCUCCGAGAAAAGUGCGACGGUGAAGGUGGGAGCAUUUUUUUUUUUGCCCACUAUGCUUCCUCCCUCUCGAAGACUACCGCUGCCGCGAAACUGCGUACUACGAGUACACCGUUAACUGUUGGGGUCGCGGCGAUCAGACUUCUUUUGCGUGUGUGCGUGCGUGUGCGUGUGUUUGUGUGCGAUUACCAUUCGCCAUGUCUCGCGCUGGAGUGUGCUGUGUGCUCUUCCUGUUCGGCUCGGCGGACCCGUGCGUGUUGGGCUGUGUGAGAGUGCGCGUGCUCUGGUACGUGGUUCUUCCGAGAGCAACGACGGAAGACGGUGGCUGCUAAUGAACCGCUGUGAUGGGCAUGCGGCUUUACCGCCGAGCGCUUCCUUGUACCGGUUUCCUGCUUUGUUUGGUGAUGAUGUGCGUUUUUUUCCCCUUCUCUUUCUGAACGAUGCUUUUGCGGCCUGUGUACAAGUUGCCGACAGGACCGUGCAACUCCUUUCGUUUGUCGUUCCGUUUUGUCUUCCCUGUGCGGCUGCCAGUCGCACAAAAGCUGCGGAAACCAUGGACAGAAGGGGGCCCUAAGAGACCGGAUGACAAGCCCGCUAACAUUGCUUUUUGUUUAUUUUUUUCUUUUCUUGCACCUAGGUGGUGACGUUACUGCCGUUCCUGCAAAGUAUGAUGGUUGCUUUUAUACCAGCGCUCACAUAACCUGCUCUGUGGGCCUGACAGCCCAUGAAUCUACAGAAACCUGUGUGAGGAGGAAAACAUUGCUGAUCACCCUUUCAAACUCUUCAGGGAUUGUGAAUUUGAGAUGAAGAAAAAAAGAUAGGCUGCCCUUCUUCCACCAUCUUCGUUUUCCUUUUCUUUCUUCAUUGUCGUUCCAGAGCUGAAGACUCUGCGCUAUCUCAGGGGUUGCGGGCACUACCACGGAUUUGUGUAGUGUGUGAGAGACUUGUGAUGGCCAUGUUCAAAUAAAUAAAACGACGUGCACGGAUGGACAAUAGGUUGUUAACUGAUUCAGCUACACGUUGUGGAGAGAUAGGUACUACAAUAAGAAAACGAACAGAUCUCACGCACUUCUGCAUCUAACUUUUCCUCUGCGCCGUCACUUUGGCGAGAAGAGGGAGGCAAAUGGAGUAUUGAAAACAGAGCGCGCACUCAAGUGGAGGAAGCCGUGUGACUUAAGUGGUACGAGAACGCAGUCGGAUACUUAAGAUUGUUAAUCUGUAGAAUAUGCCAGUUGCCCUCUUUUAUAGCAUCUUUAAAGAUCGUUUACGCUCGUGCGUCCAUGCAAAAUAUGUCUAUCGAAGUAACUUGUUUGAAGAAUUUUCGUAAUUUUAUAGUAGCCUCUGAUAAAAGCAAUCUUGCAGAUUUCGUCUCAAGACGGCGUUCUUGUUUUUUUAUUUCUUUAUUUUUUGAAAACUUCCCGAUGGGAAAUUUUCCUCUGAGUAAUCGCGUCGCCUCCUAAUUUGUCGACCCAUCCUGCCUUAUGAGUUGGAAUUUUAUGUUACUUACUGGUAAUACUUAAGUAAAUGGAAGUUCAAUAUGUUUGUAUGUGUAUGAUGCUGGUCACGUGAGUGCUGUUUGUUCAGUUCGCCUUCAUCAAUCCCCAAAUAGAAACUGAUAGUUGUACUUAUGAAGCACAUUAAACAUAACACACUGGACUCCAAAAUAAGAUUGAUGCGGCAUUAACUUACAAUGUUUUGUGUUGGUGAUGCAUGGAGUGCCGAAAGUCAUCAAUAACGCAUCUUCUUUUUUUUCCAGUACGAGCGUUUCCAAGAAAGCAGAUAUGAUCUACUUCGGCGCGCAUCUUGUUUUCAUGUGUACUAUAGAAAAAACGUAUGGUGUGUUUCGAACUGUACAAAAUAAUAAAGCUUUUCA